AUGCUAUGCCAACCACAUCUAUUGCGUCUGCGUGACAGCCGACAGAGCCUACACCACAUCUUUCGCCAUGCCGUGACAUAUCCUUCUCAGCGACUUCGUUAUGAGAGUCAUGUUUCUAGGAGUGCUGCCNNAGAGUCGACGCCAGAGACAAAAAGCNNUGCGCGAUUAGAGACUCUGGAAGCUGCGCGCUUAAAGGCUCUGGCACGCCUCGAUCAACAUAUCAACCCGGACGACUUGUCAGCUACCCUCGAAGCACAUCGAGACUCAAACCGCGCCUCCGUCAUUCGUAGACUAUAUACCCAGAGCGACCCCGAAGUCCUGCGCCCUUCAUUCUUGGAAGACAGAUUACCCAUCAGAAAAAUAUGGGCGGGAAAGCCACCUGAGACGCCGUCACGAGAAGAAGCAGACAAGUCCGCUCUGGCAACAUUCAACAAAAUCGUCACAAAAGCCUCUGACAAGGUAGACCCUGCCGCUACAUUCCAACUGAGGUCCUUAAAUCGAGCUGCAGAAGCUGCGAAGAGGGAGGAAGCAGACGAGUUGCGCCGGGAGAAGAACGCCGUACAAUAUUCACAAUGGCGUGAUUUUCUUGCCAGGCACGAGGAUCCCCCAGAGCCAGUGCCGGAGUACAACUUCGAAGACCGUGCUGCUUUCUUCGGAGUCCUGCGUAGAGUAUUUGCUAUCAUCCGUGCAGAGCAGGCUAGGCAGUCAACUACUUUACCCAUCCCUGCUCUCGCGGAUACGGCUUUCUUGCAAUACGAGAGCUUUUCUCGACCCAUGCUUGCUGGCCUAAAAGGCUAUCAUCGCCCGUUGGCCUGGGCUCGUCGACCAAAGACCAAAAGGUUUUCUUUGAAACAGUGGCUCGAUACCGAAAUCCUAGCAUUCGCCGAAUGGAUGGAGAUGACUCGGUCAGAAAACGCCGCGAGAGCAAAGCUUUCCGACAUCCUGAUCGACCUGAUCAAGCAAGCAGAUCCAGCUCUCCUGGCCCAGAAGUUCGGCUCUCAAUCAACAGGCCUUACGAUGCCAACCUCAGACAUUGAUAUCCGUAUCGUUGAUCCGACGCUCGACCGUACUCCUGCGCCGGGUGAUAUCGACAAGGCCGCCAGAGCAGCAUUCAUAGGAGAACAGGUGGCAUUGCGGAAACAAAAGAUGAUUUCUCAUCUCCGCACCAUCCAAUUCUUGUUAGACCAACACGAAGACUUUGCCGGCGCCGAAAUAAACGAGGCGGCCUACUUCCCUCUCGUCAAAGCCGUUCACAAACCUACAGGCCUCAAAGUCCAAGUCGUUUCCACAAGAAACACACACGCCUCCCAAGAAGCCACCCAAAAAUACCUCACCGAAUUCCCACAACUAAAACCCGUCUUCUUGGUCCUGAAGACUGCUUUGAACUUGCGCGGUCUUUCAGAUCCAUGGACUGGCGGCUUUGGCUCCUACACUCUGUUCAUGAUGUGUGUAGCAGCCCUAAAGCACCAAGCCAAGAAGCAAAAAGGGCCCAGAUUGAUAAAAUCAGGAGCCAGCUUCAUCUACAUCCUCGACUUUUGGAGCAGAUUCGACACCAAGUUCUUUGCAUUGAGUGUCGAGCCUUUCCUCAUGUUCCAGAAAAAGUCGAUCCCGACCUGGGAGGAGAGGGAAGCCAGGAAAACGGAUCCGGUAUGCUUUUUCUCACCUCACUUCAUCCCCUUCAGCAUGAUAGCUAACAACCGAACANNGUCCCUCUGGGCCCGCCACCGCAUCGCCUACCCCGUCGCCUACAAACCCUACAUGCUACACCUCCAAGACCCGGCAAACGCCUACAACGACCUCGGCCGCAGCGCCCUCGCCAUCAAAGACCUCCAAGCCACCUUCAGAAAACUUCACUCCGAUCUAAUCUGGGAGUUGGAAGAUCCAAAACGCAAAGAAGAUGCAAGUAAUCUGCUCAAAGAUGUGGUCGGUAAUAGUGAGAGGUACUUUGACGAAAUGAGGAUCCCAGUGGAUCUGUGGGGUGAGCAGUGGGUAGAGGAGAUGGAGAACAGGCAGAGGGAAACGGAAGGUUCGAGAGACGGGUCUGAAGAGGGCAAUUCCGUGGAUGUGUCUGAAGAGAAGAAUUCUGUCACGCAGACAUAG